AACAUCCUUUUCACAUAACAAAUAGCCAUCUUUGAUCACAUCCUUCGUUAUUUGCUAUUCUUGUUUUUGAUAUUGACUCCUAUUUCAUAGGCGGGUCGAGUCCGUAACUUCUCACCUCCGGAUACACGAACGAAGUCGCGCCUUCUGGCAGAGCCGAGUCACACUCUCCGUUGAAACUUCAUUUCCCCGGACGUCUAGUCUGCCUGAGAGUCAGAAAUGCGCUAGACGAUGAUGAUCUGCGAUUCUCAUCUUUGAUUGCUUUCUUUGGAGCAAUCUUAUCUGCUGCAGCGUCGUAGUAAGCAGCAAUGGUGGUGUGCAAAUUUUUCCUGCAGGGUAAUUGCAGAUACGGCAAUAAUUGCAGAAAUGAGCACCCAAGUAACACUGGUGGCGGAUUUGCAAAUCAAAACAGAUUCGGAGUUCUGAGUAGCGGCGGUCCAAAUCGAUCUGGAGGUCUCGGAAACAAUCGUCGACAAGAUUCCUGGCGCGUGAAUAGUGUCGAUGUGAGAACAGAUUUAUCAGCUAAUAAAGCUCGGCCAAAAUGGAUCUUAUCCUCCUAUGGACCCAGCUCAGAUUGUCCGGCUUCACUGCUUGAGAGCAAUGAGUAUAGCCCGGAAGAAGUGCGGGUUCGCUUCUACGAAUAUGCGAGUUCAGGCAAGCAAGCUGAAGCAGAUCAAGAAGCCAUUGCCCUCUGGGGUAAAGCGGAACAGGACAUGAAGCAGAUCGUCGACAAUUCCGAAGAUGUGAGCAGAUUCAUGGAAGAUGCAGCUAAGAAGCAUCCAAAUAGAUACGACAUCGUCGACAGGAUCGGCUCGAAUUCGCAGGGUGACAGCAGCAAGUCUGUACCCACUCCCUCCACAGGUAACGCUUUCGGGCAGAAUUCUUCUCCGAAUCCAUUUUCAAAACCAGCAGCUAGUUCUUUCGGUACACCAAAUCAAUCUGGUGGAUUUGGAAGUUCUUCAUCCUUUGGAAAGCCUGCAUUCGGCCAGAGCGGAUUCGGUAGUUCUGGGGGAUUUGGCCAACCUGCAUCAGCUGCUUCAUUUGGAAAGCCUGCGUUUGGAAGUUCCGGCUUUGGGCAACCAGCAUUUGGCCAGGCGGCCCAGGCAUCAUCUCCCCUCUCUCAGCCUUCACAACCAACAGGGUCAUUUGGGCAGCCGUCCCAACCUUCUUCGACCUUCGGACAACCUGCUCAGCCAUCCUCAGGCUUUGGACAGCCAGCAUUUGGUUCAUCUGGCUUCGGGUCUAACGCUUCCAAAAAUCCUUUUGCGCCAGCCUCUGCUUCAGGUGGGUUCGGCCAGUCUUCGACGGCAUUUGGACAACCAUCUCAGCCAGCUGCAACUUUCGGACAGCCCAGUCAGCCUUCGACUGGAUUCGGACAAUCUUCGCAGCCAAGUUCUGGUUUCGGGCAACCAUCCGCGUUUGGAAAACCUGCUUUUGGACAAGCAGCGACAACGUUCGGGCAACCAUCACAGCCAGCUUCGGGCUUCGGACAGACCACGCAGCCCACCACAUCUCCGUUCAGUCAGCCUGCCAAUAAUUCUUCCGGUUUCUGUCAACCCUCGCAGCCAACAGCGUCCGGGUUUGGGCAGCCUGCAUUUGGCGCAGCUCCUGCUCCAUCAUUUGGGCAACCAAGUGCUCCGGCGAACCCUUUCGGGCCCAAGUCCGCAGAAGAGCCGCCUAAAGAUGAAACCAUGGAGACAACAUCUCCUUCAGGGUCGAGGCCGAUCUCCCGUGCCAACCCUUUCGCGACGCCGUCAGCUCAGCCAUUGGCGCCUGUCCCUGCCUCAGCAUCGGUCAAGCCGAUUGUCAACACAUCUUCUACGGCGCAUCCUCUGAUUGGACGACCUCCACAUGCCACACACUACACCCAGAGCCUGCCACCGGUUCCGCCACAGAAGAAUGGGCCGAAUCAGCUGAGUACAUACAGGGGACAACGUGUGCGGUAUCUCGAGAGUACGCCAUGUUACAACCGACCAGAUGGCAAGGGCUGGGAGAAGAUCUGGUUCCCUGAUGCUGGAGCUACUCCUGAUGUCGUGGCAUUGAAUAACGAGGCGAAGAGGCACGAUACCCAAGGCAAGGACGACGAAUACACGACGGAGAUUCAAGAGCAGUACAAGUACCUUUUUGAAGAAGGUCGGUUUAAAGAUGGGCAGAUUCCGUUGGUACCACCCAUGCGAGAAUGGGACGUGUAUGAUUUCUAGCCUGAAUGUGACAACGAACACGUGCGAGUAUGGAUGCGAUUGCAACCGAAGGUUGCGGGAGAUAUCUACUUUCGCGCAUGGUGUACGCAUGGUGGACGGAGAACUCUGGUGUAUAGCCCGAAAACGCAAAAUUAGAACCAUAAUUGAACAUUUCUGAAC